UUUCAACAUCGUGACGGUGUCGUCGCAGCGGAUCCAGGAGACUUCGGCUCCGCUCGGAGAAACACACAGGACUGUAUGGUGCAGAAACCGAUUCAUAUCUUUACCUUUUUCUGAGGACCGGCUGUAUGAUUAAGCUACAAUCUUCAAUGAGUAAGCAUAUCCCACAGUUCUGUGGUGUUCUGGGUCACACAUUUAUGGAGUUUCUGAAGGGCAGUGGGGACUACUGCCAGGCUCAGCACGCUGCCUAUGCAGACGAGUGAACGGCCGAACUCGCCCUCGAAUCCGACGCACUUGAGCCACAGGAAGGGGAACCCCGGAAAGUUGGCAGCACCGGGACGCCUCCCAGAACCAGCGACAACUCGGCCUGGAUGGGGUAACUUCACGCGCUGCACACUGCCCUCGUCGGCUCUCCGCCUGGCCAGAACCAAGGUGGAACCAGCCUUGUUCUCCCUCUUCCUUUUCUUUUCUUUUGUUCCAAAGGAGAGGGUUCUCACCUGAUUGUCCGCCCUUUUUUUCGGCCGAAAACUCCCUAAAUUUUCCACAUUUGCCCGUUGCAGCCUUCGGUUUUUCCUCUUUUUUGUUUUGUUUUUAGGCAACCUGGAAGAAGACCGGAGGAUCUGUGUCUCUGGGUUUCUGGAGGCUCGUUGGACAUUUGUGUUCUGACAUUCCCUCCGACUUUAACCGAGUGUUUACAUUAGUGUUUUUACUCUGUGGAGACGUUUGGCUUUUGUUAUCUUCUCCUUUUUACGUUGUCACAAUGGCUCGUAUGAACAGACCGGCCCCUGUGGAGAUCACCUACAAAAACAUGAGGUUCCUCAUUACCCACAAUCCCACCAACGCCACCCUGAACAAGUUCAUCGAGGAGCUGAAGAAAUAUGGAGUGACCACCGUGGUGAGGGUUUGUGAGGCCACCUAUGAUGCCGCUCUGGUGGUGAAAGAAGGGAUCCAGGUUCUGGAUUGGCCGUUUGACGACGGAGCUCCUCCCUCUAACCAGAUCGUGGACGAUUGGCUGAACCUGCUGAAGCUGAAGUUCAGGGAGGAGCCGGGCUGCUGCGUGGCGGUGCACUGUGUGGCCGGGCUGGGGAGAGCUCCUGUUCUGGUCGCGCUCGCCUUGAUUGAAUGUGGGAUGAAGUAUGAAGAUGCUGUCCAGUUCAUUCGACAGAAGCGUCGAGGAGCGUUCAACAGCAAGCAGCUGUUCUACCUGGAGAAAUAUCGUCCAAAGAUGCGCCUGCGCUUCAAAGAUUCCAACGGCCAUCGCAAUACCUGCUGCAUCCAGUAGAGCCCCCCCCCCCCCACACACAGUCUGAUUACCUGGCGGGCUCCUUUUCUUAGUCAUUGUGUUGAAGUGUUUAAUUUUGGGAAACCACGUCAAACUGUCCCUUUCCUCUCCAGGUUCAACAUCAAGUGUCAAAAAAAGAAAGAAAUGAGUUGUGUGAACUGGAAUCACCAUUCCCCCCCCCCCCCUUAACAAAAGAACCCCAUUGAGAGGGUCAGCGCUGCGUCGUGUAUCGUUGUAAAGAUGUUGGAUUGAUCGUUUGCCCACAGAGUCUCGAUUCGUACGUUCACAUCUUCCUGAGAAUGUGCUUAAAAAAUACUAAAAUGUGAGCAAAAUUUCUACCCGUUAAAUUCUUUCCGGUCCCGUUUCCAGGCUGAGGAGAAAGAGGAACGCCUUCCUUCAAAUCAAGACGGUUCAUCCAUAAAUGCCUUACAAUCGAAGUGGGAGCGAAGGCAAUGGAGGCGGGAGUCGAACCGCCCGCUGGCGUUUGGAAAAGGUUUCAUUUUUCUACUCGGAACAAAAGAAAAAAACACAAAAAGCCCUAGCAGUGGUUGCCUUUGUCUUGUGCAGGAAGUCUUACUCUCACUUACGCCCUUUCAGUAACUAUUUUUUAAUAUACAAUGCUUAGUUGUUGCAAUAUUUGUCAAUUGAAAGUCUGGAAUGUUAUUUCUUUUCUCUAUCAAACCUUCUGUUUACUAAUUAACUGCCAUGUCCAAAAUGUUUUACUUUCAUUUUUUUUUUUUAAAUCUUUUUUGCUUCAAACUGGACUUCCAACGUCUGCGAUAUUUUGUACGCCUUUUUAUUUGAUGUCCGUAACUUAAGACUUGGAUACUUGAUGAUUUUAUGUAUUUGAAAAUGUGUACUAUUAUUAUUAUUAUUAUUAUUAUUAUUAUUAUUAUUAGGUUGGCUAUUUAUACUAUCAAUGGAUGUGUGAUUUAGUACCGUGAGCGACAAAGUUGUACCUGUUCACCAACCUGUGAGAGUACAUUAAAUGAUACACAGAGAGGUGCUGGCUGCUCA